UGGACGUGGAUGUAAAAUGGCAGCUCUCGAGCUUCUCUGCAAAUUGUCCUUAUUGACAACAAUGCCAACGGCACUAAAUUUAAAGUUAUUCAAGCCGAGUUACCUCAGACGAUUGAUCGCAGAUUUUCCAGUCGCGUACGCGAAAUUAUCCCACAGGUUCGUACACCGAGCACCUAUUCUUUGCAAAGUACAAGAUUUCACUAUGCCACCAAAACGAGCUUCGAAAGCAAAGGUUGAAUCUUCCAAACCUAAAUCUAGCAAAAAAACCGAAGUCAACAAGAAAACAGAAACAGUUGAGGAAAAAAAAUCUUCAAACAAAAAACGUGACAAUGAUUUAAAUGAUAAACCUGCAUCAAAGAAGGCAAAAGUUGAGAUAAAAGAAUCAAAGGAUGAUAAUGAUGACUCGUCUACUGCAAAGCAAACGAAGGUCACAAAGAAUGAGCCAAAACAGAUGCAGAAUAAGACAGACACCAACUUGAACGAGAUCAACUUUGAAUGUACAAAGACAAAUAAUGAAGGAAAGAAGUAUAAUCUGAAGAUUUGCACUUGGAAUGUUUCCGGGAUUAGAGCUGUUUUGAAAAAAAAUGGACUAGAUUACCUCAACAAGGAAGAUGCUGAUAUUGUUGCUCUGCAAGAAACAAAAUGCGACAAAAAGAAAAUUCCAGAUGAAGUAAAAAUACCUGGAUAUCAUCAUUAUUUUCUUGACAGUAAAAAAUCCGGUUAUUGUGGAGUUGCUUUGUUAUGCAAAGAAAAACCAAUUUCUGUGACAUAUGGCUUAAGCAGUAAUAAUUUUGAUGAUGAAGGUAGAAUAAUUACAGCAGAAUUCUCAGAAUUUUUCAUGAUCAAUGUUUAUGUACCAAAUGCUGGGCAAAAAUUAGUAACAUUGCCGAAGAGAUUAGAGUGGAAUAAGGCAUUUAAAAAGUACAUCGAAGAAUUGGAUAAGAAGAAAUCCGUCAUUAUAUGUGGUGACAUGAAUGUCGCUCAUCAAGAAAUUGACUUAAAGAAUCCAAAAACAAACACCAAAAAUGCCGGAUUUACCAAGGAGGAACGAGACGGUAUGACCGAGUUUCUAGGUGCCGGAUUUGUGGAUACAUUCCGAAUGUUAUAUCCUGAUCAAGAAGGUGCUUACACAUUCUGGUCGUACUUCGCUAACUCACGUGGCAAGGAUAUUGGAUGGCGACUGGAUUAUUUCCUUGUGUCAGAACGGAUGAAGAAAAAAGUGUGCGAUAAUGUUAUAAGGAAGCAAGUUUACGGCAGUGAUCAUUGCCCUGUAAUACUUUACCUUAAUGUGUAGUAUAUAUCGUAUUGUAUAUUUCAUAGUGUGAAAGAGACACAUGUACUUGUUGCACAGCGAGUUCUUUUUCAUCACAUUAGAAAUGACAUUUAUAUCAUUGAAUAAUAAUGUUUCACCAUUUCCAUAGUUUGAUGCUGCAUGAGACAGUUUUUUUAAUUUUUACUCAGGGUUGAAAUCUAAUCUCUAUAUAAUUUGAGAUAGAUGAAAUAUUUUUUUAUAAAUAAACUACAAUUCUAUAAAUAAGAUCUGUCUUUAUUAUUCAUAUGAUUGUUGAUAGAAAAUUAACUUGUGUGAAUUGCACAAGUACUACUUGUUUGCACAAGACAAGUAAUAAACACAAUUAUUCCCGUCAAAGGUAUGUCCGAAACACAAUGAAACUUUUGUAAGUGAUUAACAAAUAUAUAUUUGGACAUUAGCGAGACAACUUUAUAAAACUUCAUUUGGUGCGUUCAGACAACUCAACGGUUGAGAGAUCGUCACUUAUGAUAGGACUAUUCUUCAAAAUCUGCCGCGG